UCAUAGGCCACAAGAAGGAAUAUGAUAAACCAUCAAUCAAUCUAAACCCAACCACUUAUGAACUCAAAUUCACCACCACUUAGUUCACACAAUAUCCUAAUCAGCAAACCCGUUGAGGAAGCGUGUUAAUAACGUAUAUUUGAACGUUAAAUACCCGGGAGAAAUGAACCCGAAACCACCACAUUUUAAUACACUUGUUGAGUAUGCAAUAAGGAUUCUCCACCAAAGAUUUAGGAGACCCCUUUUGAUAAAAUCUCAUAUCAUAUAUCUUACUUUCUCCCUACCUUCUAUUACUUUUGUCCUACAAGUUUCAUCUAUAUUAUAGAUAUUGUUUAGAAUUCACUUGCAUCUCUCUCUCUCAACUCUCAACACACACAAAACACACACAGAAAACACACACACCCAAAAUGGUUUUGGCUAUUUCAAAAACGGAGGAUAAAGAUGACGCGGUUGAUUUCAAAGGAAACCCCGUUGACAACUCGAAAACGGGUGGGUGGCUUGCAGCCGGGCUCAUUUUAGGCACUGAGCUCUCGGAAAGAAUAUGUGUGAUGGGGAUAUCGAUGAAUCUGGUGACGUAUUUGAUUGGAGAAUUGCAUCUUUCUUCGUCGAAGUCAGCGAACAUCGUGACAAACUUCAUGGGAACUCUCAACAUUUUAGCUUUGUUUGGAGGAUUCUUGGCAGAUGCUAAACUUGGUAGAUACUUGACCAUUGCUAUCUUUGCAUCCAUUUGUGCAUUGGGUGUGACACUAUUGACCCUAGCAACAACACUUCCGAGCAUGAAACCACCACACUGUGACCACCCAAGAAAACAGCAAUGCAUAGAAGCUAGCGGAAAUCAACUCGUGCUACUUUAUGUAGCUCUUUACACCAUAGCAUUAGGCGGUGGGGGCAUCAAGUCAAACGUUUCAGGUUUCGGUUCAGACCAGUUUGAUACUUCCGAUCCAAAGGAAGAAAAGGCAAUGGUCUACUUUUUCAACCGGUUCUAUUUUUGCAUUAGUCUUGGGUCUCUUUUUGCGGUGACGGUUUUGGUGUAUAUACAAGAUAAUGUGGGUCGAGGAUGGGGUUAUGGGAUAUCCGCGGGUACUAUGAUUAUUGCUGUUAUCAUUUUGUUGUGUGGUACCACUUUAUAUCGGUUUAAGAAACCACAAGGGAGCCCGCUAACGGUUAUAUGGAGGGUGGUGUUUUUGGCUAUAAAGAAUAGGAGCCUUCCGCACCCUGCAAACCCGGGAUUCUUGAAUGGAUAUAGCGACUCGAAAGUCCCACACACGACUAAAUUCAGGCCUCUUGAUAAAGCUGCAAUACUACAUGAUUAUGCAAAUUCAGAGGAAAACAGAAAUAAUCCAUGGAUAGUUUCAAGUGUAACACAAGUUGAAGAAGUCAAAAUGGUCAUAAGUCUAAUCCCCAUUUGGUCAACAUGCAUCCUCUUUUGGACAGUCUACUCUCAAAUGAACACAUUCACCAUUGAGCAAGCUACACUCAUGAACCGAAAAGUUGCAAACUUUAGCAUACCCGCAGGCUCAUUUUCGGUUUUCCUAUUCAUAUCGAUUCUCCUCUUUACAUCUCUUAACGAACGCGUCACUGUCCGUUUAGCCCGAAAAAUUACCGGUGACCCCAAAGGGCUCAGAAGUUUACAAAGAAUUGGAAUAGGUCUUGUCCUUUCUGUUGUAGGAAUGAUCGCCUCUGCUAUCGUUGAGAAAAGAAGGCGGAUAAUGCACGUAAACGAAAAGACGGACAUUUCGGCUUUUUGGUUGGUCCCGCAAUUCUUUUUGGUUGGUGCCGGUGAAGCUUUUGCGUACGUGGGUCAACUUGAAUUUUUCAUUAGAGAAGCACCCGAAAGAAUGAAGUCAAUGAGUACGGGUUUAUUUUUGAGUACUUUGGCUAUGGGUUAUUUCAUGAGUAGCGUGUUAGUGUCGUUAACUGACAUGGCAACAAACGGGAGUUGGUUAACGAAUAACUUAAACAAAGGCAAACUCGAAAACUUCUAUUGGCUGCUUGCGAUUCUCGGAUUUAUUAACUUUCUCGCCUUUUUGGUUUUGGCAUCUCGACACAGGUAUAAAGUGCAGAAUUAUAUCGGAGGUGACGAUGGUGAGAAAAAAGAUACCGAAAACUGGAAUAUAACGAAUAUUGAGAUGGGUAAUGAUAUUGAGGUAAAGAAAGCCGCCAUUGGUACGAAAGAAGAAGCUUAGUGAAUAUAUUUAUGUAUUAGAUUACUUUUAUAGCUUGAAAUUAGAUACUUUGUGUUAUUAUUUUUGUAAACUAUUGAUAGAUUCUAUUUCUUUUGUAAUUCAUCCUACAACUGCAACAUGUUUAUUUAAAAAGAUGAUGUAGGUCAUAAGUUUUUAGUUUCGCG